AUUCACUCGCACUCUCAGCACUUUUCACUUACCUCAAAACCGCUUCCUAAAACCAUAAGCUGUUUCCCGACAAAAUCUAUUUCCUUUCGAUACUAUCCAAGAGUUACUCCCAUAUUUCAUCGACAAUAUCUUUCAGAAUCCCAAAGACAAAAACCAACAGCAAAAAUGUCUCAGUCAAACAUGGUACCAGUGGUUAACAACGGAGAUGGUGACAACAACGAAAACAACAACAACGUUAACAACAACAAUGGUGGAGCUGACAACACUAAUGCUGGAAAUGAUUCUGGAGUUCAAGAACUCGGAAGUGGGAAUACCUCAAGUGGCAAUCAUGGAGAAGGGUUGGAAAACAAUCAAGCUCCUCCUCCUAAGAAAAAGAGAUACAAUCGUCACAGCCAACUUCAGAUUCAGGAGUUGGAAUCUUUCUUCAGAGAGUGUCCUCACCCAGAUGACAAUCAAAGGAACGCACUUGGCGUUCAAUUGGGAUUGGACCCUGUUCAGAUCAAGUUCUGGUUCCAAAACAAACGCACUCAGAGCAAGAAUCAACAAGAACGCCAUGACAACUCAGAACUUCGGACUGCCAACAACCAGCUUAAGUUUGAGAAUCAGCGGUUAAAAGAAGCUAUUCGUCAAGCCUCAUGCCCUAAGUGUGGAGGCAAAACUGCAAUUGGCGAGAUGUGCUUCGAAGAGCACCAUCUUCGCAUCCUCAACGCUCGUAUGACUGAAGAGAUCAAGCAGCUUUCCGCCACAGCGGAAACGAUAGAAAAGUUAAGGGGCAAGCCGGUAAUGAGCCAUCCCGGUAUGUCUCCUCCAACUUUCGAGUUCGGGAUGGGAUCUAAUGGAAGAGAUGUGUAUGGAAAUGUCGGAAACCACUCGAGGGAAACCACUGGAGCGGCAGAUAAUAAGCCGAUCAUCAUGGAGUUGGCAGUUGGAGCCAUGGAGGAGCUCUUGGUGAUGGCUCAAGUGGCUGAACCACUGUGGAUGGGAGGAGUUGAUGGUACUAGCUUAGCUUUGAACUUGGCUGAAUACACAAGGACGUUUCGCAAGGGUCUCGGUCCUAGACUUAACGGGUUUCGAACCGAGGCAUCCAGGGAAACCGGAAUCGUGGCGAUGUGUCCUAUUGGCAUUGUUGAGAUGCUCAUGGACGAGAAUCUGUGGUCAACAAUGUUUCUCGGAAUUGUUGGUAGAGCCAAGAAUCAUGAACAGAUAUGCGCUGAUGCUGCUGGAAACUUCAAUGGAAAUCUCCAAAUAAUGAGUGCUGAGUACCAAGUGGUUUCGCCGCUGGUCUCGACCCGCGACAGCUACUUCGUCCGCUACUCUAAGCAGCAAGGAGAGGGUUUGUGGACGGUGGUCGAUGUUUCCAUCGACCAUCUCCUCCCAAACCUUCACCCUAAAUGUCGCCGCCGCCCCUCUGGAUGUCUGAUUCAAGAAAUUCAUAGUGGUUACUCCAAGGUUACAUGGGUGGAACAUGUGGAAGUAGAUGACAGUGCAGGAAGUUACAGCAUCUUUAAGCACUUAAUCUGUACUGGUCAAGCUUUUGCUGCUAACCGCUGGGUUGCAGCAUUGGCACGCCAGUGUGAGCGAAUAUCUAGCAUGUUGGCUACAAAUUUUCAAUCCGUCGAUUCCGGUGAACACAUAACGCUAACGAACCAUGGAAAGAUGAGCAUGCUGAAAAUAGCUGAGCGGGUUGGGAGAAGCUUCUUUAAUGGAUUGACCAGUUCGAUGGGGUCUACAUUUUCUGGUGCUGGUGGUGAGGAUAUCAGAGUGAUGACAAUGAAGAGCGUGGAUGAUCUAGGAAAGCCUCCCGGUAUCAUUCUUUGUGCAGCCACUUCCUUUUGGGUUCCUGUUCCUCCUAACACUGUCUUUGACUACCUCAGAGAUGAGACUAAUCGAGCCCAGUGGGAUGUUCUCUGCGAGGGAGAGAUGAUGCAGAAGAUAGCAGAGGUUAUAAAUGGGAGAGACAAUAGGAACUGUGCAAGUUUACUCCGGAAAGUAAACACUUGCCAGACCAAGAUGAUGAUAAUUCAAGAGACCUCUACUGAUCCAACAGCUUCAUUUGUGCUCUAUGCGCCUGUUGAUAUGAAAUCAAUGGAGAUUGCUCUCCAUGGAGGUGGUGAUCCUGACUUUGUGGCUCUGCUUCCUGUUGGUUUUGCUAUUCUUCCGGAUGGUACGGGUCAGCCUGGAGGAAACGAAGGAGGAUCACUCCUGACCGUUUCCUUCCAAAGGCUGGUUGAGUUAGGUCCUUCCGGUCAGCUGAGUACUACCUCUGUUGCAACCACUGAGAAUUUUAUUCGUAGAACCGUGCUGAGGAUCAAGGCUUUGUUUCCUUGUCAGACUGCUUGAACCACCCCCAUUUCGGAAAGUGAGCUUAAUGGAAGAAGGAGAGUGAGUUUGUGUUGAAGAUCAGGUUUUAGAGUUUAUUGGAGAGCUUCAAAAGGGGAGGAGUCAAGAACGAACCUCAAGGAGAUUGGUUUUACGAGGUUCGGGAUUUGACUUGCCCUGGAAUAUACCCAUUCCAGAUGG